GAUUUGGUUCAUUGUAUGUGAAUGGAUACAUUUUCUUCUCUCUUUCCUAAUAAUAAUAAAGAAACCCAUAAAAUUUAAAAAAAUAAUAAACAAACUUAACCCCACCCAUACACAAAGAAAAAUAUACAUAGACAGCACCACCCAUUGAAUUCAGACUAAUAAUUUGGUACAUCAUACAUCCACCCACCCUUCUCUUUCUUUUUCCCUCUCUCUCUCUCUCUCUCUUUUUGCCCUAUUCAAUAGGGUUUCCAUAUGAUCUCUUGCUACCCAAUUUUCUGAUGCAAUCAGUUGUUCAACUUCUAUUGAUUGUCUUUCUUUUGGUUCAUCUCUCACUUUUUGCUCUCUACAGAGGGUUUUUUUGCUCACAGCAGUGCAGAUUUUACCUCCCUAGUGUUUUUCAGUCAUACUCAUGUCUAAAGUCUUCAAUUUUACUGGUGAUGAUGCUUUUUACCAUGGCGGGGUUGUAUACCCAAGUCCCAAGGAAUCCAACCUAUUUGUGUCCCUUGGGCAUCAUAUGGAUGUCUAUUUUCCUCCUUGCAAGAGGUCUCGCAUCACUGCCCCUUUCAUUUUCACUGAAAAGCAGAAGAAGUUGCCUUCCAUUGACGUCCUACCUGAUGAAUGCCUUUUUGAGGUACUCAGGCGCCUUUCUGAUGGCAAAGAGAGGAGUGCCUGUGCUUGUGUUUCCAAGCGCUGGCUUAUGCUUUUAAGCAGCAUCCGCGGGGAUGAAACUUUGGUCUCAGAUCCCAGUCCAAUUUCGGAGACCGAGGAAAGAUCUAUCGAAAGCGCCCCUGUUAAGCCCCUGGACUGUACUAAGAAGGGAGAAGUUGUGGCCCCUAAUGGUGUAGAAGUCGAUGAGGCUGAAGCUCAAGAUAUUAAAGGAGAGGGUCAUCUUUCCAGGUGCCUUGAUGGAAAGAAAGCAACAGAUGUCAGACUUGCUGCUAUUGCUGUUGGAACUGCAAGCCACGGAGGGUUAGGGAAGCUUUCUAUUCGGGGAAGCAACCCAACCUGUGGUGUGACUGAUACUGGCCUCAAGGCUAUUGCUCGAGGUUGCCCUUCUCUCAGGGCACUUUCUCUGUGGAAUGUAUCUUCAGUUAGUGAUGAAGGUUUAUCCGAGAUCGCUCAGGGAUGUCAUCUGUUAGAAAAGCUUGAUCUCUGCCAUUGCCCUGCAAUUACUGAUGAGUCUUUGAUGGCUAUUGCAAAAAGUUGUCCUAAUCUGACCUCUCUAACGGUGGAAUCUUGUUCAAAGAUUGGGAAUGGAAGUCUUCAAGCCGUUGGUCGUCUUUGCCCCAAGCUGAAGUUUGUCUCUCUCAAAAACUGCCCUCUCAUCGGGGAUCAAGGAAUUGCAAGUCUCUUUUCAUCGGCUGGUCAUGUUUUGACCAAGGUGAAACUCCACGCACUGAACAUCAGCGACAUCUCCCUUGCUGUUAUUGGGCAUUAUGGCAUUGCAGUGACUGAGAUAGCCCUAAUUGGUCUUCAAAACAUAAAUGAGAGAGGAUUCUGGGUCAUGGGCAAUGGCCAAGGUUUGCAGAAGCUGAGGUCGCUUGCAAUUACUGCUUGCCAUGGAGUUACUGAUGUAGGGCUUGAAGCUCUUGGUAAAGGCUGUCCAAACCUAAAGCUGUUUUGCCUCCGAAAAUGUACAGUCCUGUCAGAUAAUGGACUGGUUGCUUUUGCCAAAAGUUCAGGCGCACUGGAGAGCCUCCAAUUAGAAGAGUGCCACAGGAUCACCCAGGCUGGGUUUUUUGGUGUUCUUUUGAACUGUGGUACGAUGUUGAAGGCUCUGUCCUUGGUGAACUGCUUUGGUGUUAAAGAGUUAGCCUAUCGAUUUCCGCCAGUACUGCCUUGCAACUCGCUGCAGUCUUUGUCUAUUCGCAACUGCCCUGGAGUUGGUAAUGCUACCCUGGCCAUAGUGGGUAGGCUGUGCCCCAAACUGACUCAUCUGGAGCUGAGUGGCCUUCUUGGAGUAACUGAUGAGGGUCUUUUCCCUCUUGUGCAGAACUGUGAAGCUGGGUUGGUCAAGCUGAAUCUAAGUGGAUGUGCCAAUGUUACAGACAGAUCAGUUUCAGCCCUAACUGAGUUGCAUGGGGGAAGUCUUGAGUUUCUGAAUGUUGAUGGUUGUCGAUAUGUUACUGAUGCAACCUUGUUUGCAAUUUCCAACAACUGCUGGUUUCUCAGUGAACUUGAUAUUUCGAAGUGUGGAAUCACUGAUUCUGGUAUUGCAUCUUUGGCCAGUGCAGCACAGCUUAAUUUGCGGAUCCUCUCACUGUCGGGUUGCUCUCUACUUUCAGACAAAAGUGUACCCUUCCUGCAAAAGUUGGGGCAGACACUUAUGGGCUUAAACAUCCAGCACUGCAAUGGGGUCAGUAGCAACAGUGUUGAUCUGCUGUUAGAACAACUCUGGAGGUGUGAUAUCCUUUCUUAAGUAGAGGGGGAUGAUGAAUCAGUGCCGCGUACAAGUUGAUGGCCUUUGAAGAUGGGUCGUAGAAAAGAAUUUAACUUUUUAGCCUUGGCAUAAAGUUUUUUGGUCCAUGAUCUUGGGUCUUCUAAUAUUCCACUACCUCGGCUCCUUUUUCCAGGGAUGUGGCUGGCUCUCUUUUUUACAGCUUCUUUGCGGAUGCUGUUUUUUGGGAAUUUUUCCUGUUCUUCCAGCCGUACUUCCUUGAGAAUACAGAUGCUUGGUUUUGGAUUAAAAGAUUCACGUCUGGUUGUAGUCCUUGUUGCCACUAGUUUUUAGCUUCUAUCGUUGCCUAGAUUUCCAAAUCUUGCAACGGCAGAAGCUUUUCCAUGCUGUCGUAGUCUUUUUCAUGUGUGUGCAUUCUAGUUUUUCCAAGUCUUACACGACGUUGAACCUUUGUGUUCAGCUCGUGAUGGUUGGGUUGAGAUUGUGUCUUGUUCUUCUGGUUGCUUGUGGGGAGUUCUAAGUUUAGUGCCUCGCUUUCAUGGGCUUUGGCCAUGGCAGCAAGUUUCUGCCAUGACAACCCUUUGGGGUUGUUUUUUCUUUUUACCAAGCCUUUAUUUUUGCAGGCCUUUCUUGUUCAUGAACUCCCCAUGCAACCUCUUUUUACUUGUGGAAAUGUUAGUUUGUAUUAUGCCUUGAUUAAAUAAAUAAAAAAGAAAAAAAAUUAGGUUGUA